ACCAAGACCACAUACCACUGUCCAAACGAAACGCUCUACCGAAGACCAAGCCCUGCCGUACAAAUGGAAGCACAUAUCCUCUCUCCUAUCUACCAUCCAGCCCAUUCCUUCCCAAUCAUUCCUCAAACCGCACCAAGGCGACCAAACAACCACAACCGCCACAAAGCUACGCGAAAGAAAAAGAAAAAAAAAUGCCCUCAACCUACGGCUGGAUCUGGCCUAAAGACCCCCGUCCCGGAAACCCCUCGCACUGGCCACGCCGCUGGCGCCUCUUCGAUAUCUUCAGGAAUAGAGGACCGGAUAUAUUUGUUGGACGGAUUCGCAGCGACAAAAAAGACGAGGACAGAAACAAGAAUAAAAAGAGGAGGGAAGGGAGAGUUGAGAUGAGGGCACCGAUUCAGCAACGACCUCCGCGGAACAGGGAGUGCGCUUGGGCGGGAUGGGGGAACGUACACCCUACCAGCACCAAUGUCACCGGAUCUGGAGAUAAGGGAGGCAUGAAGACAAAAUACGCGUAUAGCUCAGCACUCCCCUGGACAACUCGCAAACCAAACGAGCGGUAUGACUUCCGGACGAAGCGCUAUACCGUGCCGGACAGCGGGACGUGGAGUCGUGUUGAGUAUUGUUCUGGGGAUUUGGAGGGUCAUGGGUGGAAGAGGAAGAAGCAUGUCAUUCCAGUGCGGUACUGGGAUAAGAACGGGGAGAUGUAUCCGGCAGGGUAUUGGCAUGAUGUCGUUUAUGGGGGGCAUGCGCGUUGCUGUGAUUGCGGGUAGGUUAGAGGCAUGUUGGGUGGAAGGCUUCCCAGGUUGACUCUGCAGACUGGCGACGGAUGGUUGGGAGUU